AUGGUAGAAAAUUUAUUAAGAUUCUGUUCUCUUUUCUGUUUCAGAUACAAAAAUCCAAAUUCAUCAACAUCUUAUGGAGAGGCUGAGUGGGCAGCACUGCUGGAGAUGAGUCGAGAUGAUGCUAGACACUCUCAGCUUCCAGUUUCUUUGUUGUUGCCAUUACCCAACCCAGACACUCAUCAUUUUGUAAUUGGGAUGUUGCUCGAAGUUGUACAUCCCUAUAAACCUCAUACAGUGGAAGUCGGUCAUAUAUCAAGAAUCAUGAGCUCACAGUAUUUUGAAGUUACUAUUAAACCAGAAGGGUGUGAAGCAUUGAAAUGGAUUACAUAUAUAAAUGACCCACUAUUACUUCCAAGUGGAUUUUGUAAGGAGCAUAAUUUAACCUUAUCUGCACCAAGUGACUGGCCAAAAAACAAUGAAUUUGAUAUAGAGGAUUAUGCAAGAUCCACAGGUUCAUUAUUUACUAGAAAAGCUAUGUUUACUGUUCAUGAAUCCAGUGAAGAAAUUGGAUUUAAUGUUGGAAAUAAGUUGGAAUGUGUUCAUUCAAGUUACUUGGAUAAGAUAUGCAUAGCCACUGUAACCAAACUAUGUGGACAUCUUGUGGUAAUUGAGCUAGACUCUGAAUUGGAACCUGUUUCAGUUAUUCGUCCUGCAACAAGUCAAGAUCUUUUUCCUAUGGGAUGGUGUCAGACUAAUGGCUACUCUGUUCAGUUACCAGCCAAGUACUCCCCAAAAGCUAAAACUUCAGAAAUUGCAACUUUGGAGGAAACUCGUGAAAAAAGUGCCGACAGUCCAGGAACAACAGACACGCCAUCUUCCUCAGGAAAUCAGUUGUCCAUGUGGUGCCCUAGACUGUACAUAAACCAUUGCUGUUUUACUGGCCCCUAUCUUAGUAAAUCAAAAGUUGCCAAGCAGUCUCAGAGUGUUGGCCCUGGUUCAGUUGAAUUGGUGUUACGAGAAGUGCUGGCAAUGACAAUCAAUGCUGCUUACAUUCCUACCAGAGCACUAAGAGAACUGGAACGCAGUGUAAAUGAAUCUCAGAAUAUUCCUUCAUCGUGGCAUCCUAUGGUAUUCAAAGCAAAGUUCAAGAGAUAUACAACAACUGCAAACAUUCCUAUUGCUACUACAGCUAAUGGUGUCAAUGAUUUCCUGAGUUUGAUAUGUCAGGUGCUUCAGUGCUGCCCAAAUCUGUGGUCCACAAAAUCAACUGGAGAAAAUUGUCCAUUCUUGUGCACAUCCCAGAUGCUGACACAAGCCAAUCCCUCAUCAUAUUUUAGAGGCCGCGGUAGAAUUGCAACUAACAGAGGUGGCAGAGGAGGUCUAAUAUACAGGCGUAAAAGAGGAGGCAGAAAACGUCUCUUCGUCCCAAUCAGAGCUAACCGCCUCUUACAACCAAAGUCUUUGGCCGCUCCAACCUACGAUGCCUCGGAGGACAUUGAAGAUGAUGAUGAAUGUGAAGUUGAAGAAGGAGAGGAGGAAGAAAAUAUCAGUGGCUCUGAAGAGGGCAUUGCAAGUUUCAGAGAGGAGCUUCCUCAGAAAAGAAGACGUACAGAGUAUCCAGACUCAAGUCCUGGUUUAGAACCUGCUGCAGUAACUUCAGAUCCACUACAGUGGACAGUCAAGGAUGUUGAAGUUUAUGUGGCAAGUCAGCCAGCAAUUUGUCAUCAUGCAGUACGGUUACGAGAGCAAGAAGUUGACGGUAGAGCUUUUUUGUUACUAAAUCUUCCAACUUUAGUUCAGAAUUUAGGAUUACCUCACAGUUCAGCAGUAUCCCUGGCACAACAUAUUUGUAGAGUGAAACUGGCCCAUUUCAUGUAUUAUAGGUGUGAUGCAUAACCUCAAUUGUAGUCUAAUAUAUUUAUUGAUUGCUCAGUUCAAACCAUUUAUCAUUGUUCAUUUUGCAAAGAUUGUGUUUCAUUAGGAAUUCUCUCAGUUUUUUGUCCUUUAAAUGUAUCUUUUGGCUUAGAAAUAUGCUGUAUGUUGGGCCAAUUUUAAAUAUUUACAUAUACGUACUGUAUAAUGAAUGUAAAUUAUUUGCACACAUUUUAUGUCUUGUUGGUAUCACUUGUAUGUAUUGAAAUUGUUUAAUGUAGACCAUGAAGUUUUGAGGCUUAAAAACUAUCAGUAUUAUUUUUGUUACUCUACACUGGCACCUCAACUUGAGGAUAGUGUAAGGGGUAGUUUCCUGAUAAGAAACAAGAUCUGUCAGGCAAUGAUGACCAAGCAGUAUACAGUAGACCCCUGUAUUCCCGGGGGUGGGUACCAGUGCCCCCCCCCCCCCCAUCCACAAGUACUUGAAACCACUCCAAAAAUGCUUAGAACUGCCUAUUUGAUAGUUAAAAAUGCUUAUACAGUGCAUCCUCGACUUAGGGCAGAGAUUCGUUCCAGCACCACACUGUAAGAUGGUUUUCGCUGUUAACAGCACCCACAGCACCAUAACUUGAUGUUGCAGUGCCAUAAGUGCUGUUAACUUGAUGCUCAACGGUGCUGAAAAAGUGCCAUAAGUAGAGGACAGACUGUACCUAAGUAUUUAAUAUAGUUUAAUCACAAAAAGUGUAUUUAGUCACGAAAAUUAUAUGAUAAUAUAGUAAACUUUGAAUAUUUCUGUGAUAAAUACUUCAAAUCGUGAGUCCACGAAUAGCGGGGGCUGACUGUAGUCGACAAUACUGCAGAACCAAUGCAGUGGUCUUGUUGAAAAUGUGCCUCACUCUUUCUUCCCUCUUCUGUCCUUUAGCAAUAUUUCAUAAAAGUUUUGAGGGGGAUCUCAAAAGCUAUUAAAUUCACUAAUGACUGCAGUAUUACAUGCAGGCAUAAAAUAUAAAUACUGUAUGGACUACAUGUAAGCAUGUAUAUAUGCAAUUCAAUGCUGAUUUUCUAUUGAGCUGCAAAUAUGUACCUACCAUUUUGUACUGCUUUUUGGCAUCUCCACUUGUAAAAUCUAAUAAGCAUUUCAUACAAUUCCAUGUUUAUAUGUGCAAGGCUUAUUAAAGAUAUAUCACACCUUCCAAAACAUGCCAUAAGCUACUUAAGCUAAGGCUAUUGUAUUUCCUUGGUGGAAGCAUAAAGUAAAUAUGUAAUGCACUUUUUUACUGAUGCUGACAAUUAUAGUAAUCAAUUUAAAGGAUACUAUCAUUAUUAAACAUAUUAAAAUAAUCAUACGCAAAAUACACAGACUGAAAGCAAUAGUAUUACAUUUACUUGUGAAGUUGCAAUUUCAAUAUAAUUACUGGAAGAAUGGAUGAAAUUUACAUAAAAAUUUCAUGAUUUUCACAGCAGUAUUAUGACAGCAUGACUGUCUUUCAUAAUGUAUAAAGCAUAACAUUUACAAAUGUGUUCAUAGAUCAUUUUUUGAUUGCAUGUAAAUUGCAAUUCUGUAAGCAAUUGUAUAAUAUAUCUGUGUUGUUGUUCCUGCUUUCUUCCCCUGUACCAUGUAUUAUUUUACCCUAAAGUCAAUAUCCCUUAAUAAAUGUGAUUAAUAUAAUUGUGCAUUAGAUAUUAUAGUGGUAAUACAUUUACUGUUUAAACCAGUGAUAUGUGAUAGUAGACUAAGCUCAGAUAGCUAGCAACAUAUUUCAAAUAAUAUAAGAAUUUUAUAAGUUUUUGUAUGCCAAACCAAGUACAGUAUAUAACAAUAUUACUAUAUCUUAUAUGCCCUGCAUAAGCAUAGAGACAAAUUUGGAUAAAAUGUUUAUUACAUUUUUUACCAGUUUCUGGCUAUAAAAAAAAUGCUACUCAGGAGGGGCUUAGUUACCCUAAAAUAUAUAACAUUUGUAGACUGAAAUUACCACAUUCAAGGGUCCCAUACUCGGUACUCACAUCCUAUGGGAGGUUGCCAGUUUUAUUUAUUAUUUAGAGCGUGGUUUUUUUAUCUUUUGGUAUAUUUUAUAAUUUCACUAUAACAGCAUGUGUUAAUAUGACACCUGCUAUAAUUUUUUUCAGCUUAAUUCUUUUUAUUUAAAGAGGAUGUGUUGGUCGUACUAUGAGGUAUAGAGGAUUAGUGCACUACCUCCCUCCAUCAUUGUAAAUUAGAUACCGAGUGGAGAUACUAAGUGUCUUUGCCCCGAAUACUCUGGCAAAUGCUACUAGAUACUUCCAUAACAAUAAUUACCACCCUUACAAGCCAUUUGAAAGGCACAGAUUUGAAAUUUUCAAGUACUUUGAGUGACACUCAAAAAAGCACACAUGCAGCCUGCUGGGCAUGUCAGACCAUUGGUGGAGAUAUCAAUACAAGCUGAAAUCAGUAGCUACUUGCCCUGUACAUAUGCAGUGCAAAUGUUACUGUUUCAAUAUUACUGUAUUUUUCAAGCCAGCAUGUAUUGUUGAAUUUGCUACAGUAUGCAGUAGCUUACAAGACUUGUCAAAAAUUUUCACUAGGUACCUAAAUAGAAUAUCAUUAAUUUUAUAAAAAGAAAAAUUUCCUAGAUCAACAAAGCCCAGAACAUUUCAGCUUACCUCCUCCUAACAAUUGUUAUUUAAAGAUAUUUUUCAAAUUUUGUAUUACACAAAUUCCUCUAAAAAAAUUGUAAACAAAAAUCUAUCAUAAUUUUUAUGCAUAAAAUUGUAGAUCUGUCAAUAACAUAUGCAGAGGUGAUUAACAAAGUAAUGUUGUCAGAUCAAUAGUUUUUUUAUACAGUAAAUUAACAGUUUAAUGCUUAACCUCUCCACUUAGCACUGAAAUGGACAAUAUUAAGUUAGUCAAGAUUCAUGAAAUUAAAAGGACUUGAGUCAUUUUUACAGUCAUUAAUGCAUUUGUUGUGUAAAUGGAUUUUUUUUAUAUAUACAGUAGUAACAUUUAUAUGUAGUAUUAUACUUACGGGCAUCUGUAUGUUGACUUAGCACUACAGAACUAUUAGUUGAAACUGUAUUCUUAAAGAAAACAGAAAAUAUUUGUAUUGAGUUGUAAUCAACAAAUGAUCUUGAUUUCAUGAGGCUGACAAACACCUUAAAUGUUCAAGUGAGUGGGAGAAAAGUACAGUAUGAGGCAUGAUGGGUUGUUACCUUGGAAACCAAGAAGCCACUUUACAAGGUCAAACAGGCAAGUAUUGGUUGCUUAUGUUUUAGUGUCUGCUGUGUCUAGCUCGCCUACUGGAUUAUUCCACAAUCGUACAAGUCUGAUAUGUAAUGAAUUCCAUUAAGUUGAUGGGCCAUUGUAUAUUUUAAUUGCCUAAAAAUAUCAACAUUUUUUCCACACAAAGGCAAACACUUGCAAAUGCAUAAUGGUUGCCAAGGUGUUUUCAUGUUAAUUUCAAGCAUAAGCUCCUGAUCUUCAGUAUAUUGCCAUAUAAAAAUUUAGCUUUCCAAAAUUAUUUGAUAACUGAUGUAUUUAAGUCUUCCAGAUAUAAACAUUUGGUUUAGAAAAAGAACAUUAAGGUUAAAAAUCACUGCUGACUUUAUAAAACAUGUAUUUCUUCAUUUAAUAUAAAAAUUAACCUGUAUAGUGCCUUCCUCUGCAGUUACUUUGUCAAGUACAACUCAUUACCCUGCAUUAUGAACCAAAUAAUGCAUGUUCUGAACUCCAGCAGAUUUCUUUUUAUAGUAAAAUUACUGUCCCUUUACCAGAGUAUGAAUUGUUUGUUUAAAAAGCUAAUUUCAAUAAUCCUCUGAUGCAAUAUAUUCAAAAUGUUUACUAUUUCAGAAGAAACAUUGGGGAAAAAACCUAGGUAUCAUGGGGAUUAUUAAACUAGUACUAGUUAAUAAUGGAAAAAGCAAAAACUUCACAGCCUUAGAAAUUAUGCUGUAAUGACUAAGACAAAACUAUCAUAUAAAAUACAAAAACACAUGACAGGAUAAAUCUUAUUUUGUUCUCUUACCAAGAGGUAAUUGAAUUACCCAAACCCCCUUAUGCUCACAUCCAAUUCAAACUAUUAAAGUGGUAUGUAGUCAUAAAAUUACAAGCAGAAUAUGAAAUUUACAGAAUCAUUUUAGCAAAUUGUAUACAUUUGGAAUACUUAAAGGAAAAGAAGAAAAAAAUAAGAUGCUAAGUAGUAAUGUCAAUCUAAAAUCUGAAUUAUGAAAUAAGCAUUGCUUGCAUACUUAUACAGACCUUGUCAUCCAAUUUGUAUGUGUAGUUACCUACCAUCAUCAAACUUGCAAUGUAUAUACCUAUUGUCCUUCUAUCAGUCUAACAGUAAAAACACUAUUUGCAGUUCCUCCUAAAAGAUUUUAUUUACAACCUUAUGAACAGAAUCUACAACCAGUUCUGUGCAACUGUCCAGUCUAAUAUACGAGUAUGUGACUGAUGACCAAAAAGGCAGCUAAUCCACUUAUCUUAUUCAUGAAAACAAUCUAGCAGUAUAGAAAGUUAGUUACUAGCGAAUGAAUAUGCUCAUUCUUGAUUGCUAUAAGUAAUGGUUGCCAAAGUCCUUAACAUAUUUUGUUCUCGAAGAUUUAAAUUAUGCUAAAUUGUGAAAAUAUGAUGCUACUACAUGAGCAGAAUUAUGGCCAUAGGGAAUUCUUACACAAAAAUUAACCAGAAAUGAAAAAUAGCUUCAAUAUAUGAGAAAAAUUGGAACAAACUGUUUUCAGCACUUUAGAUUUACUUCUGUUCAGCUGGCUAUCAAGUUUGCCAAAUGCAUUUCGGUUACUGUAUUACCUUUAAUGCAUUUGUGAACUCCAGAUUUAUUACCAAGAAAGCACAAUUAUUCCUGCCUCUGUAACUGUUAAAUUGGAUACAAAAAUGUAUACGGACUAUGUGUUAGUCUUAAGAUUGUAUUAAUAAACAGUCCUUUCA